CACCCAACGCACGCAACGCCACCCCCACUCACAAAAGCCCCAGCAUGGCGCGGUAACACACGGGUCCGAGAGGCUCGCUCGGCUCCCCUAGCCAGGGGUGGCAGGGGGGGAGGACAGCCGACUUGCCUCUACAUAAACAACAACAACAUCAACACUUGCAGCAGCAGCAGCGCACGGCGAAAUGGCCACAGCUCCGGCGGGCCCCGCGUCUGCCCCGGGUUCCCCGUCUGCCAGGGACAUGCUCUUCCUGGCAGCCGAGGCGUCCAGCGCCGGCAACUUCGAGCCGGCGGCGGACAAAUACGGCUGCGAGCUGCAGAGGCGGUUGUUCCCCGGUUCGAGUCCCCGUCCCGAUGACAGUGGUGGCGGCGGCUGCGGCGAUAGCAACAGCAGCGGCAACCUCCAGCAUCGCCACCACCAGCAGCAGCCGCAGCCGCAGCACUGCCCGGCCACCCAGGAGCUGCUGCUGCGGCGAGCUGAUGCCUUGGCCGGCGACGGCCGCCUCCGCGCCGCGCUCGACGACUACGCGGCCGCGCUGCGCCUCGGCCGCCUGCAGCCCGGCCGUCUCGACGCGCUCAUCGACUGCUUGGCGCAGCGCCUGCGGCCCCAAAGGGGACUCGAGGCCGCCACGGGGCCCGCGGCUGGGUCCGAGUCCGCAGCAGGGUCAGGGUCAGGCGUUGAGACGACUCGGAGUGGAUCCGUGUCUGCGUUCGGAGCGGAGUCCGGGUUGGACACCGGCUCUCAGUCGAGUUCUGCUGCGUCCGUGUCCGGGUGUCGGCAGGAGCCCCACCACAUGCCGGGGAACGCGUCCCCCACCUGCUGUGGUUACCUGUCAAGUUGGGAAUCCGGUGCCGGCUCUGGGUCGGGUUCGGGGACCUGCUCCGGGCAAGGGGCAGCAGUGAGAGCUCAGGCUGGCACCGGAGUCGCGAUUGGGAAUGCGGUUGGCCUCGAUGCGGGACAGUGCGCAAAUACUCAGCCACCGGUGAGAACUGCAUUGAGAAGUAGCCCAGAGGCGCCAACCGAAGCGCAUUCUGAGACUGGGUCGGGAUCCGAGCCGGGGGCUGAGGCCGUGCCGGGCAAAGGGGGGACGGGUGGGACUCUGGAGUGCGGUACAGGGCCCGGCUACACGCGGUCAGGAUUGGGCUCUGGGGCAGUAGGUCACAUGGAGGAGAUGGCCUCUAGCGCAGCGACCGAGCAGGGAAUCAAGCUGGGCACUGGGCAGGUGCCCUUGUCCGGCCAGGGGCCUCUCCUGGGACCUGGUCACGGAGCGGGGCAGGCUGUGUGGCCGUGCCACGGCGCUCCUGGCGCCGGCGCAGCGAUCGGGCAGUCGCACGGGGCGACGAGCCGCGCUCAGCUCCUCCAGGAGCCCAGCGGCGGCUGCUGGGACCCGUUGAGCUGCCCGCUGUGCCGGGGCCUCCUGGUGGAGCCGAGCACGGGCCCGUGCGGCCACAGCUUCUGCCGCCGCUGCCUGGAGAGGGAGGGCCCCGAAGCGUGCCGCGUGUGCGGCGCGGAGCUGCGGCACCUGGACGUGGCGGUGUGGCGGGUGAACGUGCUGCUCAGCGCCCUGCUGCAGAAGCUCUUCCCGGCCGAGAGCAGGGCGGCCACGCUGCGCUACGAGGGCAACGCUCUGUGUGGCCUCAAGAGGCUGGACGAGGCGCUGGCCACCUACACAGAGGCGCUGAAGCUCGUGCCCCACGACCACCUGCUGCUCAGCAACCGUGCCCAGGUGCAGGUGGCGAAGCGCAGCUACGAGGAUGCACUGUGCGACGCCGAACUCGUGUGCCUGCUCCAGCCGCUGUGGUCCAAGGGUUACCUGCGCAAGGGACAGGCCCUGCGAGGCCUUGGCCAGGUGGAGCGGGCCCUCGCGGCGUUCCUCACGUGCACGGCGCUGGAGCCUGGCCUCCGUGCUGCUCGCACCGAAGCGGAGAAGAUUCUGUGGGAGGUGCUCGCCCCCAACACGGAGAGCAUGUGCGAGGGGCUGAGACCCCCCUCUCCGCACAGCCGCAGCAAGGAGACGCUGUUCUUCCCUCUGGCCCACAACCACUGGGACCCCCCCUUCGCCUCCGCACGUCACAUUAAUCUCUGUUCUGAGCAAGAUGGGGAGAGUUGGACUGGGCAGGAGGAGGGAGCAGGGUGCAGCGCCCGAGCAGGGUCCCUGUGCAGUGAGGGCCCAGCCCAGGCCCCUGUGGCAGCGGUCAACACAGCGCACGUCAAAGCGGCGCCGGCAGAGCGGGAGAGGGUGACCGAGUCGACCGCCCGUGUCCCGUUCAAACGGAAACUUGGCGAUGUGAAAGACGAGAUCACCAAACGGCUCAAGACGGAAGGCGGUGAACCGGGAGCCGACCUGCAGCAGGGGGCCAGCACGGGCAGGAGGUGGAUGGUGCAAGCCAACCUCAUCGAUGCCUCUGACCUGGAGUGCUCCCUCUGCAUGCGCCUCUUCUACGAGCCGGUGACGACCCCGUGUGGGCACAGCUUCUGCCGGAAAUGCCUGGAACGUUGCCUUGACCACACCCCCAAGUGCCCGCUCUGCAAGCAGACGCUGGCUGAGUACCUGGCACAGCGGACAUUCCCCCAGACUGUGCUGCUGGAGGACAUCAUCUCUACCUGCCUCCCUAACGAACUGGCCGAGCGCAAGAGCACACACGAGCAGGAGCUCGCUGAGCUCGCCAACCUCAACAAGGACGUGCCAAUCUUCGUGUGCACCAUGGCAUUCCCCACCGUGCCGUGCCCCCUGCACAUCUUUGAGCCGCGCUACCGCCUCAUGGUGCGGCGGGUGGUGGAGGCCGGCACGCAGCAGUUCGGCAUGUGCCCUGCCGACAACGUGCAGGGGUUUGCGGAAUACGGAUGUGUGCUCAAGAUCCGCAGUGUGGAGUUCUUCCCGGAUGGACGCUCGGUGCUGGACACGGAGGGGCUCCGGCGGUUCAGGGUGCUGGCACGCAAGCAGAAAGAUGGCUACAGCACAGCCGACAUCGAGUACCUGGAGGACACCAAGGUGGAUGGAGCUGCGCUCACGGACUUAUGUAGCCUGCACGAGUCUGUGUACAGCCAGGCGAGCUCCUGGUUCUCCAUGCUCAAGGAAAACAUGCGCCACCAGAUCCUGCAGCACUUUGGUCCCAUGCCGGGCAAGGAACCCGAUCCCCAGCUGGGCCCCGAUGGACCCAGCUGGUGCUGGUGGAUGCUGGCCGUGCUGCCGCUGGACAUCAGAGCCCAGAUGUCCAUCACGUCGAUGACGAGGCUCGUGGAGAGGCUGGUGGCGAUUCGCCGCAUCCUCAUACUCAUGACCCGCACACGUGCGCAAUAGGCAAGACUGCAUCGCGCACGAACAUGUGAUGAGGCAUCAGUCGCCUCUGCGGGACCGGUGUUGGAUUGCUGCAUGCCAGGCACAUCAGUGCUUCCUCACGCUUAUGCAAAUAGCCAUGAUGUAGUCGCUGGCCACGGCGUCUAGUUUGGUAACAUGACUACGUUAUACUUAUGCAGAACACUGGCGGGAGGGAUAAAAAAAAAUUCCUUUCGGUGACCAGGCAGGGGCAGUCAGAUCACCUCCUGGAUACUGAAUUUCUGGAGAGCCGCGCGCAUACCCUCCAAUGGGCAUCACCAAGCUCACUAAUGGUCACUUUCCGUACCCAACCAUCGAUGCCUACUGAUCUUAAGUGGCUCUAUAGUUUUCUUGAUUAUGCAGAGAGCAGGUAUUUGCUAGUUUGUAGGCAAUAGAGUGCUAUUUAUGUACACAAGCGUUGUAUAUAUCUGUAUAUAGUUGUGUGUGUGUGUGUGUAUAUAUGUUUGUAAAUGUGUAAAUUUGUGUUAGUAUCCUUACAGAUAAAACAUUCAGGUUUAAUGAAAGAAUAAAGCAUGGGCUGUACAGCUCCAGUAGAUAUGCCUCUGCUAGCCAACACAUUGGUCUCAUAGGGAUUGGACUGAUCUCCCGAUUGUCUUAGAUGGUCAUUGUUAUUAAUGAAUGGAACAAAUUGAAAUGGAAUGCAAAAAUACGCAACGUUGAGAACACGGGACUCUGCUAACAAGAGACAUCAUAAAUCACACGUACUUGAGUCUGCACCCAAGUGAGCUACACAAACACAUCCUCGAUGUACAAGAUCAGAUGCUGGACAUAGUCUAUGUGACACACAUUUAUGCAAUGAACUGUCGCACACGUGCAGUAGUUUUAACGCAGAUGCGUUAAAACUACUCAAAGUGACAGCCGUGGAUUUUGUGUGCGUUUUUUUCUGAGUGUAAUAGUAAUAUGCACACAUACACAUGGUAAGGCCGAUUGAUACAUUUUUUACAAAUAAGGUGCCGUGGCCAGCAUCACGCUUGGCUUUCAUGUCCCCGUGACUGAUGUCGACACAUAGCACGAGUCAACUUAGGCUGAGUCAACAUAAGGGAAGACCAGGCAACAUUACAUACAAAGACCCCCCGUAUAGCCUGAACGGACUAUUGUGGCAAGUGCUGUUACCGAGCACCUAUCAAGGCCGGCACGGAACAUGAGGGGGUUGGUGGCCAACACCACGCCCUGCCGCUUUUGUCU